AUGAAGAUUUCCGCCACCUUCGCAGCUUUGGCCUUCGCUCUUGCCACUACCGUGGCCGCUGGGCCUGCCAAAACCGUGCCCGUUAGGCCUGCCAAUACUGUGGGCAGUGGAGCUGCUGGUACCGUGGUCGCUAGGUCUGCUAGCACCGGAAUCAGUUCCCUUGAAGUCGAAGCACUUGAGGCGCGCGCUAACGACGCGGAAUGCUCGUACGGAAACGUCACCGGAAAACAUUGCAAUGAUCAGCAAUGCAAGGACGGCGGGGGUUGGUGCAAGUACAACGCGGCCACCAAGCGCUGCUCGAUGCAGAACAUGCGUGGUUCGGGCUCCCCAGUUGCUUGCCACUCGUGCACCUGCAGGAAGAGUUAA